AUGCCGGACCUCUCAGGAGAAGAAAGGCUGCAGCUGCCGGCUACUCCUCGUCUCCUCAUCCUGUCUCUGCUUUCUGCUUUUGUGUCCAGUAGAAUCACCAGCACAUACAGUCCUCGAGCUCACAUUGUGACACGGGUCCCCAUGUCCGGGAACCCCGGCACCAGCAGGUUUGAGUCUUAUCAGAUGAGCAAAACAUCCCUGGCCCUGCUGUAUGACGAGGCCUCAGACAACACCUAUGACGUCCGCCUACAGCUGACGCCCGAGGCCCUGACCAUUCAGCGGCAAGACGUCGUCUGCAUAGGGGGCAGCCCUCCGGGUGCCAACCACAGAACUGUGACUCUUCGGCGACAGCCCGUGGGCGGCCUGGGCCUGAGUAUCAAGGGUGGGGCUGAGCAUAGUGUUCCUGUCGUCAUAUCCAAGAUAUUCAAAGGCCAGGCAGCUGACCAGACAGGGAUGCUGUUCAUAGGAGAUGCUCUUCUGCAGGUUAAUGGCAUUCAUGUAGAAAAUGCGACCCAUGAAGAAGUGGUGCAUCUUCUGAGAAACGCUGGAGACGAGGUCACCAUCACUGUGGCCUAUCUCAGGGACGCCCCUUCGUUCCUGAAACUCCCGCUAGGGUCACCGGGGCCAGCCAGUGACUGCAGCAGCAGGGCCUCUUCCCCGCUCUUUGACAGUGGCCUGCACCUGAACGGACACUGCAGCCACACAGCUCCGCCGUCGCCCUCCUCACCCAUAGCUAAUGAACCAAAGUUUGAGAAGCACUGGCUGGACAGUGUGUCCGUGCCUCUGUCCGUGGCCCGGAUCUCCAGGUACAAAGCUGGCACGGAAAAGCUCAGGUUAAGUGCCUUUGAGGUGGUGGCGCAGGAUGGAGCCAGCUCCGGCGUCCUCCAGUUCUGCUCGGCUCAGGAGUGCGCUGAGUGGCUGUGCGCGGUGUCGGCCAACAUCAACAAUCUGGUCCUUCACAAUAUGAAGAUGGCAAAUAAAUGCUGCUCUCCUUCGGACCAGGUCGUGCACAUGGGGUGGGUGAGCGAGAGGCUCCAGGGAGAAGACGCCGCUCUGUCAUUCUCCUCCAAGUUCCUGGCGCUGAAGGGCUCCUCCGUCUACAUUUUCCAUACUCCUCCGGUGAGCACACUGGACUGGGCACGAGCAGAAAGAGUCUACAGCCUCUGUGAGGUGCUCUUCAAAGUUCACAAGUUCUGGCUUACAGACAACUACUGGCUACAGGCCAACUUAUAUCUGGGUCUCCAAGAAUUCGACGUUGAGGACCAGCAGCGGUACUGCUUCAGCAUUCUCGCUGGCCACGGGAAGAGCCACGUCUUCGGGGUGGAGCUGGGCUGUGAGCUGGCCGUGUGGGAGAAGUCAUUCCAAAGAGCCACUUUCCUGGAAGUGCGGAGGACGGGGUCAAAAACCUACGCGUGCAGCUGGCAAGGGGAGACGCUGUGCUUCGUGGUGGAUUUCGCUGUGGGCUUCACCUGCUUUGACAGUGAGUCUAAGAAUGUACUCUGGAGAUUCAAGUUCUCCCAGCUCAAGGGGUCCUCUGAUGACGGAAAAGCCCGAGUAAAGCUGCUGUUUCAGAAUCCAGAUACCAAACAGAUCGAGAUGAAGGAGCUGGAGUUCCAGGACCCGACGGCAGUCCUGCACUGCAUCCACUCCUUCCUGGCCGCCAAGGUGGCGUCCUUGGACCCGGUGUUCAUGGACAGCCAGAGCGUCGCUCGAAGAUUCGCCUACAGCAGCUGA